GUUCAUUAUGCCCGUGUUUGAAAUCUCUCGCAAGGGAGGGGUGCAGUGACAUGAAACUUGGGGUCGGCCAUUCGUUAACGUUCAGGCCUCAGGGAAGAUUCGAUGCGCAAUGAACUUCUAGGCACGGUAGACAGUGGGCGUGACAGCCUCAGCGCUCUAGUUGACACAACAUAUAUGUACCUGGAUUUGUCCCAAGCACUCACUCUCAGCUUCCCGACAAUGGAUUUCAUGCAUAUUAGUACAUCGUCUUCUAACGACGCAUGGAGGAGCCUAUGCAAUGUCGUAGAACACAGCGGCAUUUUCGAUUCCGACAAACGUCAGCCCCACUUACGAUGCAUGGAGAACACGCGUGUUAAACUUUGGUCGAGUCUGAGAAGACUCCUCCACCGACGUGAUCAAACGAAUGUUUGGCUCAAUGGCUGCGCUGGCAUUGAAAAGACAUCCAUUGCGUUCACCGUAGCCGAGGAGUUCAAAAGAGCCGGAAGACUUGCCGCCACUUUCUUCUUCUCGCACAAGCAUGCCCAAAUUGCUGGCAAGAUUAUUCCUACCAUCGCAUAUCAGCUCGCACUGACUUUCCCGUGCAUUCGAGGCGAUAUCAUACAAGCGAUCGAGAAAGACGAAUUUCUCUUAUCGUCUGAAAAGUCCCGUGUUGACCAGAUGCGGGAGCUGGUUAUCAAUCCACUACACACGUUGCGAUUCCGUCAAGAGAGGCCUUAUGUCAUCAUUAUCGAUGCUCUUGAUGAAUGCUUUUCUUGUCAAGAGGCGGCAAGACUGGCUAGGCUGUUCGUGGAGAUGCUCUCGGGCACGAACUUGCCGACCAUCCACCUGAUAUUUACGAGCCGCCCCGACGCUCAUAUCCGUGCGGCCAUGCCACCUGGCGUCUGCCAAAUUUCCCUCACUAUACGUGAUUCAUUUAUUGUACAAGACGUUCAUUUCUUUCUGCGAGCAUCACUUGACAACAUACGGACAAGCCGUCCCGAUAUUUUCGGGCGGCCCCCCAAACCUUGGCCGUCAGAGGCUGAAUUCGAGACCUUGGCCUCUAGGACAUGCGGUCUUUUUGUCAAUGCUGCUAUGGUUGUCAAUUUUUUAUCUCCCGCCGGUCAAUGUCCCCAGCAGAGGCUAGACCUCUUACUUCGUCAGAAGUCAAGAUUCUGCGUUGUCAUCGACCGAGAUAUCAACGAGCUUUAUCGACAGAUUAUUACAACUUCGGAGAAUCCAGCAUUGUACUGCCGGAUGUUAGCAUCCAUCCGUCUCAUGCAACCGCUCCCUCUUAGAGACCUCCAAGAACUUUUCCAUGCGGACAAAGAGAGCUUGGGUGUAAUGCUGGAAGCAUUUUCACCCGUGAUCUCGAAUCCACCCGAUGGAGUUGGAAACGUCGAGAUUUAUCAUGCUUCGCUCCACGACUUUAUGAAGGAUCCCUUUUGCUCGGCAGAACUCUACGUGAGCAACGCUCGUGCUCACGAGUACCUUGCGUGUCGCUGCAUUGACUUGCUCACACGAACGGAACCAGCAUAUGGAGCAGUGGCACGCAAUGCGCACCGGUAUGCACAUUUUUGGUGGGGUACACAUCUUUCUUCGGCCUAUCCUAGCAGCGAACUUCGGCAUCUGCUCGCUAGGUUUAAAAAGGAGGAUUUGAAACGUUUGGUAGCAGUCGCAGAACAAGAUCAAUCACUUGGUCCUCUCAUAUUCAAUUUGCAUGAAGCAAACAACGCUUGUUUUUCUUGGAAAUGGAUCAGAAGUUUGUCUGAUAUUGUCGUUGCGUGGCGUAUUGUCAAAGCUUCAAGAAAAGUUUAUAGGGAGGUGAAGAAAUCAAACACUAACGUAACUAAUACAUAAGUAGCAGGGCAAGUGGCAACUUAAAUCGCCCUGCAAUGCGAACUUGAUAUGAUGUUCAAGGCGCGCAAUCUUUGGUGUUGCAGGCAAUCGUAACAAUUGAAGGGGCGGUUGUUGGGCGGUUGGUCGUGACGCAUCUGA